AGCUGCCUCUUUAGCUAAGCAGGUCUCUCCCCGGCGAGAUGGUGGGAGGGAUCCCCAUCCCGGGGCUGCAUGGAGCCGUCAGGCAAGUGUACGAGGGCAAGUUUGUGGACCGCUUUCCUGAGUUCCCCACAGCAGGAAAGUUGGCACCAAUCGGAGAGUCGGCUGCCACAUGCCUCACUGACAUCUAUCCCCGGCCUAUAACUCCACCUGUUGUAAAAAAAUUUCGAAACACCAGCAAUCCUCCUACAGGUAGAGAGAGAAUAUUUUAUGGCCGAGCAAACGAUCCAGAUAUUGCAUCGCAUUUGACACAUGGUAUAAAAUCCAUCUGUUCGGAAAGUGUAGCAUCAGUGGCAAAUCCACCUCCCAAAACACGCUUUCAGCAAAAACGGAAAGAACAGAAAGAAUUUAUCUAUUCAAGCAGCCGUGAAGCUCCCCUUGGGAAAUCCCAUGACCAGGCCCUAAGAUUACCCAAAGGAUUGGAUUUGAAUAACACUACAUUUGGAGUAACAACCUUGAAAGAGGGUCCUAGUGGAGAGGUUAUAAAUCCACAAAAGACAUUUGAUGAAGUCCAGAAGGAAGCAGAACAAGGCCAUGACUUAUAUGUUAAGACACACAAUGAUUAUUAUGUUGGGGAACAAAUGAAUAGAAAGUAUGACUCAUCUACAUUCCAUAGAUUUGAUCUUUUUGGAAAGGAAACACCCCAUUUUAAUGAUGGACGAAAUGUUGGUAGAACUUUACGCUGGUUCCAUGAUCUGCAAAUGAAGAAGUCAGCAAAAAUAGUGUCCAAAAUAAGUGAUGAUUUCAAGGAAAAAUUUCAGCCUCAACUUGGAAAGGUGCUUGAUCCCAUAGCCGAUACCCUCAACGUUCCUCCAGACCAUACAUUUGGAGUGCUUCUUCAUCCUGAGGAAUAUGGUGUUGGGGACCUUCUUCAUAACAGGCCUCCUAGUGAAUACCUUCGUGGUAAAGACAGAGAGCGAGCUAUCUUCACUGCAGUUCGACAGAAUUUGAAGAAAGCUAAUUACCACAACUUUGACUCAUUAUUACAAGCAUUCCGACAUUAUGAUAAGGAUGGUGACAGGAAAAUAAGCAGGGAAGAUUUGAAAAAAACCUGCAUUCAGUUCAACCUGAAAUUGGAAGACGAGCUUCUGGAUGCUUUAUUUGAUUAUUGUGAUUUGGAUAAAGAUGGUUUUAUAAACUAUCUGGAAUUUGUGAACUUCCUUACCUGGAAAGACAAAAUGCCCCUUCAGGAGUAUGAAGAGAAAAUUAUUACUCAAGGUAAAAGAGCAGGCCCCACUGACCUCAUUCCACCAGAAGGUGCAGAGACCAACGCAGAUGCAGAUGCUGUACUCAGGCAGGAAGAUAUAGUGUCAUUGGAACCAGGUAGUCCACAGAAGACACCUAGAACACUUUCAAGACCAACUGAUCGUGUAUUUUCGGACUAUCGCACAACCUCUUCUCAAUAUAAUGCAGUUACUGGAGGCAUUCCACAAUCGUGUUACCCAUUGUACGGUGUUCCAAGCAUUCGCUCAGACAUUCCCGCCCCUCGAUUUCGCCGUAUCAGUGACAAUACUAAUUAUGGUGAUCAAGCCGAUGUUUACAAUUUACUAUACCCCUCUAUCUUCAGCAAUAAGGGGGUGUAUGAGAAGGAGAUCUUCCAGACAAGAUCAAAAGAAGAGAUUGCACGGAUUUUGCGCAACAUCGGUGUCCAACUUUCAGAUGAAAGCUUUGAUGAAGUAUGGAGGCAAGCCAGCCUGAAAGAUCAUAGAGGAGAGGUUUGUGUGGAAUCCAUUAGAAAUGUACUGGAUGAGAUGCAGGCAUCAUACAUAAAAAGCAGAUAAAUAUGUUUGUCUGACUUCUGUGUUGUUAAAGUUUAUUUCAUUUGCCAUUCAGGUUUCUAGAUAGGAAAUGGAUAUAUACAAAGCAACAAUAAAUGCAAUGUACAUUUGCUGGA